UAUAAACAGUUUUUUGCGUUCCAAAACUCGGCAAAAAAGUUUUAAUGAUUGUAUUGUAUUGCGUUCUAAAACUCAUAAAAGAAAUACAUUACAAAUUUUCAUUAUUAUUGCGUUCUGAAACUUGAAAUAAAAGGAAUCGUAGGCUUCCUGUUGCAAUUUGCGUUUCAAAAUUCAUCGAAAAAUGUUUUUUAAUAUUUAUUUAGGUAUUGUUGCUUUUAAAAGGCGCGAAAUUUAAAAAUCGGGUUUGAAAUAUAUUCCGGCAUUUUUUUUGGAGGUUAUCGAAGAACGCAUUUUCCAGAAUUCUAAUUAUCUUUUGUCUAUGUUCUUUUGAUAAUCUGAAUAAAGCGUUCUACAUGAUAUAGAGGCAGAUUGCCAUUUUGUGAUUAAUCAAAGAACUACAACAAUGGCUAUAGCAGCUGUGUAUAAUUAUAUGAAACUGCAAAACAGACCUUACAGUGUGAAUGAUGUAGUUACUAAUUUACACAACGAAUAUAAUAAGACUGCAAUUCAAAAGGCUAUGGAUCAAUUGGUGAUAGAUGGGAAGCUAUUUGAAAAAGUUUAUGGCAAACAAAAGAUAUAUUGUGUUGUUCAAGAUUCAGCAUAUGAUACAGAUGAAUUAAUGAGAAUUGACAAAGAACUACAAAGUCAUGCUAAUGAAGUUGAAAGUAAAUAUCUGGAUGUCAUGAAAGAAAUGAAAGAACAAGAGGCUCUUUUAAACUCCUUGAAAUCUAGUUUGACAUUGGAAGAUGUACAAAAAGAAAAAGAUGUUUUGCAACAAAAUGUAAAACAGUUAACGCAUAAAUUGGAUGACUUGAUGGAAAGUAGUAGUACAGAGAUAGAGAAUUUGCAAGAAUCUAAACGAAAAGCGCAAGAAAAUCUAGAUGAAUACACACGCGAAUAUUUAAAAAGAAAAAAGAUAUGUGUUGAGAUAAUAGACUGUAUUUUGGAAAGUUAUCCUGGUAGUAAAGAUGAAUUGUAUGAGGAAGUAGGCAUAGAUUCGACAACUGUAUAAUCAAUGAUAAAGAGUUGUUGGUUCUUUAAGUUCUUUAAUUUUAUAUUAUCUUUUAUUAUUUUAUUUUCUUAUAUGAUAAAAUUAAAUUAAAGUUAUGUUAAAGAGAUUAACAUAUCUUGGUUUAUAUAUUAAAUGGUUAUUUAAAUAACUAAAGCUUAAAAUAAUAAAUUUAUUUAUAAAAAUUAUAAGUAAAAAUAGUUUCUUGUGUUGAAUUUGAUAUCAUUACUUUAAGUUGCAAAGUAGCACAUGCCACAAUACUAUUUAAAAAUUUUCUUUUAUAACGGAUAAAUCGUUUAUUUCAUAUCUUUUUAUGAUAAUUUUUGCAUUCUUCAUGAUGUAGAGAAGUUUAUAAUAUCUUGAAUAUUUUUAUAUAUGCGAAUCUUGCAUAUAUAAUUUGUAUUUACAUAUAUAAA